GUGUGGUAGAAAGUUGCUUGUUUGGGGUAUGGUGUUGGAUUCUGUACAUACACAUUUGCAACUGUGCUUUGGGUUUGACCUUGUUUUUUUUUUCAAAUCAGCUGCAUGUAUCAGGUGUCAGAAGUUGACUGUUGGGAUCCCGUCAAAGGAAAGGUAUAAAUACAAGACACAAGGAGUCAGAUGGGAACAAUCCCACUGUAUGGAGCAACAACUCCUGGUAACAGAUGUGACAGACUCAAAUAUAUAGUAUAUGUAGUGUGUAGGGCCUGGCUCCAGGGCUUCCCUUGUGCUCCCAUGCGGAGAGAACCCCCAGGGGAGCUGACAACAGCUGAGACUGAAAAACAAGGGUAUAAGGUUUAAGUUGCAUCAUGGUGCAGGAGAGCCAGGAGACAGAUGGUCCCAGAUCCUACAUGCCGGCUGAGCUCCACCAUCCCCACUCAAAGUACUCUCAGUGGAAGUUUAAACUGUUCAGGGUGAGGUCCAUGGAGAAGGCCCCUCUGCCCAGUGAGACACAGCCUGAGAAAGGAGCCCCGUUAGGGAUCUCACCUCCUGCAGCUCCAAAUAUAGAAUUAGAUAAUGGUGUGGCUCCAGGGAGUGUUAUGAAAUUGUGCCUAGGGGGAAAAAGCAAGGAAAAUGUGGAGGGCCCGGGCCAGAGGAUAGAUAUGAAGCUACAGGAAAUGGACACCCACAUGAAGCACCUCAGGUGCUUGUGCCGUCUCUGUGGAAUGGUCCUGAGAAAAGUAAAAGGACCAGUGCACGAUGUUCAUGGGGAUCUGGAUGAGGCAAGCAAAGGCGCUCUGCGUAAAAUGGGCUGCAAGUUUACAAGCUGGCCAGAGGUCAUCCUCAAAGUCUUCAAAGUGGACGUGACAGAGGACACAGAAUCUGCCCAGCCUCUUUCCUUCUGCCAUCGCUGCUGGAUGGCUGCCAUACGAGGAGGGGGUGUCUGCAGCUUCUCCAGAACACGAGUCCCUGACUGGAAACCCCACUCUUCCCUUUGCCAUCUUUGCUCCCCCAGGAAACCUUCAUUCCAGCGGACUGGGAGGAAGAGGCGGAAAGCCAUUCCCAGAGCCCAGAGCCUGGCAAAAAGGACCAGGUGGGACCACAGUGAUAGCAUUGCCGUUGGUGAGAGGAGGGCUCUGAGACCAUUCGGAGACCGUCAUCAUACUCCGGUGCUCAGGGCCUGGAGGAAACCCAGCACCCAGAGAGAGCAAUGGGUGAGGAAUAUCACCCACUGCCAGAAAGACCACCUGAGUACCAAGUUGAUCUCUGAGAAGCUACCUGUAGACUUCCUCUCUUCUUUCACCUGCCUUGUGUGUGACCACCUGCUCUCUGAUCCAGUCCAGUCCCCCUGUGGGCACCUCUUCUGCCGCAGCUGUAUUAUAAAAUAUACCCACGUUCUGGGACCUCACUGCCCGGCCUGCAACUUGCCCUGUGCCCCUGAUGAUCUCACCCCGCCUGCCAACGCCUUCUUAUCAGCCCUAUUUUCCCUGCCCCUGCUCUGCCCCAGAAGCGGCUGUGGCAAGCAGGUAAGGCUAGACUCAUUUAAAGCUCAUUGUCUGGGCCAUGAGCUGGAUGAACAGGAUGCAAACCAGCAGUCAUCAGAACUUGACAUUUACCUGCUAACCAAUAAAGGGGGAAGACCCCGUCAGCACUUGCUAUCACUAACCCGCCGUGCCCAGAAGCAUCGGCUGAGGGAUCUGAAGAACCAGGUGAAGGUGUUUGCAGACAAAGAGGAAGGUGGCGACCUGAAGUCUGUGUGUCUGACUCUAUUUCUACUUGCAUUGAGAUCUGGGAAUGAACACCGGCAGGCAGAUGAGCUAGAGGCCUUGAUGCAAGGCAGAGGCUUUGGGUUGCAUCCUGCUGUUUGCUUGGCCAUACGGGUCAACACUUUCUUGAGCUGCAGCCAGUAUCACAAGAUGUACCGGACUGUCAAAGCCACCAGUGGCCGCCAGAUCUUUCAGCCCCUGCACACCCUGCGAGCUGCAGAGAAGGAGCUUCUCCCUGGCUUUCACCAGUUUGAAUGGCAGCCAGCUCUCAAGAAUGUGUCUACAUCUUGCAAUGUUGGCAUUAUUAAUGGGCUCUCUGGAUGGGCUUCCUCGGUGGAUGACGCUCCAGGUGACACCAUCACUCGGCGGUUUCGCUAUGAUGUGGCACUGGUGUCAGCAUUAAAGGAUCUGGAGGAGGACAUCAUGGAGGGGCUGAGAGAAAGUGGGAUGGAAGACAGUGCUUGUACCUCAGGCUUCAAUGUUAUGAUCAAGGAAUCUUGUGAUGGCAUGGGUGAUGUCAGCGAGAAGCAUGGUGGAGGCCCAGUUGUUCCUGAGAAGGCUGUACGUUUCUCUUUCACUGUUAUGUCUGUCUCUGUCCUGACAGACAAUGAGGAGGAAGAGGUUACCAUCUUCACUGAGCCAAAGCCAAACUCAGAACUGUCCUGUAAGCCCCUUUGCCUGAUGUUUGUGGAUGAGUCAGACCAUGAGACACUCACAGCUGUCCUGAGCCCUAUAGUUGCAGAACGCAAAGCAAUGAAAGAGAGCAGGCUCAUCCUAUCCAUGGGUGGACUACCUCGCUCCUUCCGCUUCCACUUCAGAGGCACGGGAUACGAUGAGAAGAUGGUGCGUGAGAUGGAGGGCCUCGAGGCCUCAGGGUCCACCUAUAUCUGCACUCUUUGUGACUCCAGUCGGGCAGAGGCCUCUCAAAACAUGGUGCUACACUCUAUCACACGCAGUCAUGAAGAGAACCUUGAACGUUACGAAAUAUGGAGAACCAACCCCUUUUCUGAGUCUGUAGAUGAGCUGCGAGACAGAGUCAAAGGUGUCUCUGCCAAGCCCUUCAUGGAAACCCAUCCCACACUGGAUGCAUUACACUGUGACAUUGGAAAUGCCACUGAGUUCUACAAAAUCUUCCAGGACGAGAUCGGGGAGGUGUACCAAAAGGUCAACCCCAGCCGGGAGGAACGGCGCAGCUGGAGGGCAGCCCUAGAUAAACAGCUGAGGAAGAAGAUGAAGCUUAAACCAGUGAUGAGGAUGAAUGGGAACUAUGCCCGCAGGCUAAUGACCCAGGAGACUGUGGAGGUGGUGUGUGAGCUGGUGCCCUCAGAGGGGAGGAGGGAGGCCCUGAGGGAGCUUAUGAGGCUCUACCUCCAGAUGAAGCCUGUGUGGCGCGCCACUUGCCCAGCCAAGGAGUGCCCAGACCAACUGUGCCGCUACAGCUUUAACUCCCAGAGCUUUGCCGACCUCCUUUCCUCUACCUUCAAAUAUAGGUACAAUGGAAAGAUAACCAAUUACCUACACAAGACCCUGGCCCAUGUGCCUGAAAUCAUAGAGAGAGAUGGAUCCAUAGGAGCCUGGGCUAGCGAGGGAAAUGAGUCAGCAAACAAACUGUUCAGGCGUUUCCGGAAGAUGAAUGCACGUCAGUCAAAGGCCUUUGAGCUAGAGGACGUGUUGAAACAUCACUGGCUCUACACCUCCAAGUACUUGCAGAAGUUUAUGGAAGCUCACAAAGACUCUGCCAAAGCUCUGCAAGCUACUAUUGACCCAAUAGAGAACCAGGAUGAUGAGGACAUGUCUCUGGAAGUUAAUGAUUUUUGAUUUUUCUAUUAAUGUGAACCUUAAGUAUUAACAAUUGAUUGAUUCCAAUAUUGUUGUAUACUAUUUUAAUUGCCUCUAUCAGUAAUAUUAACUUGUUUACAAAUUCUUAAUUUACUUUCUAUACCUAUUGAUUGAUAUUUAGAAUAACGGGGGAAUGGAACCAAUGUCAUAUAUACGUAACAUAAGAUUUUUCAUAUUUUGUUGUGAUUAAAAUAUCUUUGCAAAUUUAAACCAACGUCAUCAGUUAUUGUUGGAGUUUUACAAAAUACCUUUUCAUUAAAUAACCAAUUUCUUGGUCUUGAACAUAAUAAUUUCCAAAAUGUAAUUGAAAAUAAUGUUAUUCUCACACCACAUUUUUAAAAUUGUGUUUUACUUAUUUUGAAUGUUUACUUGCCUUGCUUUGUUAGCUGUUUGUUAAUAAUGCAAAGAUGGGACAGCAGAGGAAUAUAGACAUAACACACAGGUUUCUUUUCUCUUAUUCUUAGCAGGAAAGUUCUUUUUUUAUCUUCACCAUCUGUGAAAUAUGGUGCAGUUUAUUUUAUUGCAAGGAUAUGACACAUUUAUGAAUUUAUACAGAGAGGAUAUUUAUGGAAACAGAUGAAAGCGCUGUAAGUCAUGGAGGGAAAUUGUGUUAAAAAGACCACAUUUGUGGCCACUGUAUUAAUAUAUCAUUUGAGCUGGAGCAAAAUGCAAUCACAGAGACCCAAAUGUUCUUUGUUUCAUGAGUGCCCUCUGAAAAAGAUUACUUUAGUCCUUUAUCUUGGGAUCCCUGAGGGGCAGAAUAGAUGCCAGGUCACUUUGAACCAAUUUUUUAUCUCUUUUAGUUUUUGCACAGUGGAGGAUAGAUGAUACUUAUUCGAAUUCUUCACAUAAAAUACAGCAUAUACUGACCUUUUUGUUGAUAUUAUAAAAAUACAGUACGGUCCAUUACGGAGCCUAAUACCCCAUGGACUCUCCAGCAGGCAGGGAUUUUUCUUAAGUGCUGUAUGUAACCUGACUCUUUUUCUCUGCUGAAAUUUCUUCACGGUUGACAGAGGAGAGGGAUGUGCGGUAGCUAGAAAGACCUGAUGUAAACUGAUUUGUUGGCAACUUUAUUUUUUAGAUUGAUUAAUAUAUAUGUUCUUUUUCUGCCCUCACAAUUUUGAAUUGUGACAGGCAAUUUGGUUUUCUUAUUUGAUUGAAUGUUUGAUUUUAUUUUACUGUCACAAGUUUAACCCCAUGACAGCUGUGAAUUAUUCACAUUUCAUUCGAGAGUUGUCACAGCCCUACAAUAACAUCAUGUUUUUAGAAUGCAUUAUAUUGAAACUUGUCUCAUAUUUGUUUUUUGCCAUAAUGAAUUGCAUUUCCAAAGUAAUGGAUGAUGGAUGAUUCACAGACUCCUACUUGUUCACUUUACACCAUGUAUUUCCUCAUUUUGUGUUUCCAUAUUACACUAAAUAUCAGGUAAACUGUUUACUGGGGUUGCAGAAGACUUUGAGUGGUGAUUUAUAUUGCAUACUAGUACAGUAUUACACUGCAGUUCCACUACUUUUAAACGUUUUUUUAAUUUGUUUUUAAAUACAGUAUUCAGAUAUUUCUGCUAGCAGACAUCAUGGAGGAGGAAGUUUGUACUUUUUUGUCCUUGUUUCCUCCAAAGAAUAAAUAAAGUCAAAAUCUGACCUGA